UUUGAGGGGGUUUCUAGUAGGGGGGGGGAAGCCAAAGGAGAUUCCCAAAGGUCUGACCUCCGCACACCCAUGAUGUACAAAGUAAAGUAAAGCAUUCGCAUCCGGUACAAAAAGAAACAGCAUGAAGCCCCUGAGAGAGAAGGGAAGCAACGGCUGAUGGUGUCCAUUUUGAAACAUGAAAAAAGCCAUAGUAAUGAGGGUUGAACUAGGGCAGUCUUUCCUCCUGCUUGUUAACCUGCAGGUAUUCUGGACGCAGAUUUCCAUUAGGCCCAGCAAACGUAAAAUAGGUAUAUAGGGGAGGCAGUGUGGUAUAGUUAGGUAUAUAGGGGAGACAGAGUGGUAUAGUGGUUAGAGCGCUGGGCCAGGACCCAGGAGAUCAGGGUUCAAAUUCUGACUGGGCGAUUGAAGUUCACUGGGCGACCUUGGGGCCACUCUGUCUGAGCCUGAUAAAAUGGGGAGGAUAAGUAUGUAUGUCGCCUUGAGCUCCUUGGACAAAAGGUGGGAUAUAAAUAAAGCCAAGGUCAGACACCUGAUCUAUCCAGUACUACUGACUGGUGCUCUAGGGUUUCAGACAGGACAUUCCCAGGAUUGAACCUGGAACUUGCCAGUGAGCUAUGGCACUUCCCCAAAGUGAUGUUGAGGGUUAUAGUCCAAUAACAUUUGGAGGGCAGCAGAUUGGGAAAGGCUGAAAUAGAAACUUAUAAAUGUUUUUGAGUGAAGAUUUCCUUCCAGCCACCAUGCAUUGUGGUUUCUCUUUCUCCUUUUUUUGCAUGCACAUGCUUGGUUGGUUGCUUCUUGGGUGCACCUGCUAGAAUGACAAGCAGGGCAGGUGUGCUGGUGCAAAUAUUAACCUUUUGUUCUCCAUACCUAAAUCACUGCUCACCUCUGUGGUCAACUUGUGUGGGGUCUUGGAGUGAAAAUAUAUUGGAUUAUUUCCUGAAUGCCAAACAAAUUAAAACAAGAGAUGGAGCUGAAAUCAUCUGGUACCAUAGAGCAAAUAAUAAGUUACAAAUGACAGAGGCGAUGCAGAGUCCAGCUCACAUGAUAGAGGCUGAUGUCCUUCUCUGUGAAGAAGAGGGAAGUGGUGAGCCCAUCAUGGCUCAUCCACCUGAAACCAGUAGUGAUAACACAUUAAAGGAAUGGCUGAAUGAAAUUAAAAACACUAGCAAGGGCAUCAAGCUUGAUUUUAAAAGCCUAGCAGCUGUUAAUCCAUCAAUGAAGCUUCUUGGAGACAUAAAACUCAGGCAACCGGUUUGGAUUAAUGCAGACAUUCUUCUUGGACCAAAUGGAAGUAAUUGUGUAGUAGAUGCAAAGGGGUUUCUAGACACUGUGAUAUCAUUUUUUCCAGAUGUAACUUUGUCAUUAGGAUGGACAACGGGGGGGAUUAAUCUAAAAUGCAAUAAAGGCUAUAGUUUAGCAAUGGUGCAAGAGAUGGCCAAGAUAUGUAGAGAUCUUACUCAGCCAAUAACAUUUCCUGUUCGAGCUGCUUUGGUUCGUCAGUCAAUAACAGAACUACUGUGGUUAUUACAGCAAUCAAACAGAUACACUCUGACAAUUUGGACAGGAAAACAUGAUGACUAUUCCGUAGAAGAUCUGCUCUUCAUCAGAGAUAGCUUUGAUAAAAGUAGAGUUUUUUAUGAUAUCUUAGAACCACAAAAGUCUGAAUUUAGAAAGGCCAUAGGAAUGCAAAUUGUGACAUAAAGAGAACAGACUGUGAUCAGAGUUCAUGUUUAUGGAAUGGGGCUUUUCCAUAUUCCGCUUCUCUUUGCAGUGCUCCUUGCUCACCCAAUCUGCUUCUGGGGGUUGGGAAUUCUUGGGAUGGUAUGGGAGUUGAGAGAGUUACACCUGAGCAUUAAAUAGAACUUUUACUAUGUCUUUCCAAAAGUAGUUGUACUCUAACUCCCAUAUUACCUGACCACUGGUCAUGCUUGCUGCGCUGAAGGGAAUUGGAAAUCAAACAAAAUAUUUGGAGGACCACAAGUUCCCCAUCUCUGACCUAAUCUAUGCAAAAAUGUUACCGUUCUGGAUACCAUAGUGCCACUAUCCCAUGGACACACGAAGGUGUAAUAUACUGGAAAUCCACUGACUGCUAUACUUCCCUUCAUGUUAACUCUCAUUGUAUAUAUGAUCCAUUGCCUAAAGUGGAACGCUAUAAUAUACCCAUGUAGGUUCUCACCCAUGGAAACACACCUGAAGGUCUUACAGCCAGCAUUGUUAAUUCUGCAAUACUCACCUAGUGCACUGAAAAGAGUGAUGGAGCAGGUAGAACUACUAUAGUGCAAGCCUAUUUCGUCAGAUUAAUAAAAUUAACUGAUGAAUAAAACUCUUACUCACCCCAUAAAAGCCCCUCUAAAGCAACAUAAGGUAGUCUAUUUGUCAUUCAGUUUAUCAAGCACAUGUGGGAAAUUAUUGCCUGGUCUCCCUCGCCCCCGAAAGAUACAUUUUUCUUCCUAACUUUGCUGUUGGCUGCUGUCAGGAAAGGGGAUAGUUACAGCAUUGACUAACAUUUAAGAAAGUGGAUCUGUUCAGUUAAACAGAGAAAUGAUUCCUACCUCUCAAAAAUAAUUAAGAUAUCCAGGAUUUUAGAGUAGCUAUGAUUGGGCAGUAGCAUUUCUUACUCAUAAAAGCAAAAGGUAUAUUUUUUUGACCUGAGUGCGGAAACAUUUUAAAAAUCACCCUGCGAGUGUCAAUGCAAGUCUAUCUGCAUUUGAAUCAAGAGUUGGCAUACUUAAUCUCUUACAUACUAGGCUGCAGCAUUUGAUAAACAUCAUACAGUGGUACCUUGGUUUGUGACCGCAAUCCGUUCCGUGGAGGCGGUCGCUCCCCGAAUUGGUCGUUCGCCGAAGGCACGCUUCUGCGCAUGUGCAGAGCACUUCUGCGCGCGCACACGCUGCGCAGAUCGCUUCUGCGCAUCCGAGCACCGUGGAACCCGGAUGUAAACACUUCCAGGUCCGUGGUGGUCGGAAACCGAAGUGGUCGCAAACAGAGGUGGUCGCAAACUGAGGUUUGACUUAGCAUUACAAUGAAACUACAACAAGUAUUUUUAUUCAUUCUAUUAUUUAUUUCAGAGUUUUUGUACCCAGCUCUUCCGACUGGAGCAAAGGGCAGUUUACAGCACAACAUACAGUAUAAACAGUACUAUAAUCUAAAAACAAAACAAAAUCAUACAUCCAUUAUAAAAACAGCAGCACUUAGCCUCAACUCCAACUAGCAGCAACAUCAUCUGGUUUUAGUUUGAUUCUGCUUCAAAUUAUGUUUCAUUGAAAGCAACUGCCACUUCAGUACAUACGGUAAUUCUUAAGUAUGUAUUCCCUUUUAGUCUUCAACGCUCAGGUUCCAUGCUUUUUAUAUUUUUACAGAAGGCAAAUUAACAUCCAUCCACUUAAAAUGCCAUAUUUUUUUCUUACCUGGAUGUUAAGCUUAUUGUGUUUUCUUCAUUAUCCAUCUAUUUGUAAUCACAGAGCCUUUGGUUACAGUUUGAGUAGAUUUAUUUCUGUACUUUCCAUAAACCUACUUUAUGUUAUCUCAAAGAGCUCCCAUACAAAGCUGGGCUGUUGUGCUUGGAAACUGAAGAAUGUUAUCCUUAUGGGUGCAUGUUAUUUGCUUUAUAUUACUAGCAUUUGUGUGCACUAGAAAAUACAUAAAUGAAACUGUAAUCGUUCUAAAAUGAUUUGAUGUUGCAGAAAUCUCUUUCCUCAGACUCAAUAAAACUGUUUUUGAAAUUA